AUGCCCAUGCCGCCCGCAACCACCGCAGCAGCGUCAGCGUCAGCGUCAGCGUCAGCGUCAGCGCCCGCCCCGCCGCUCCAUCAAACGCUGCCCUCGCCAGAAACCCAGCGCCACGUUGCCGAGGCCCGCGCCGCCGUCGUCGCGUCCAUAGGCAAUCUUGUCGACUCGCAGCUGCAGUCGCGCGCGGCCAUCCUGCACGAAAACGCGGCGGCGCUGGCCAAGCAGGAACGCGACGUGCUGCGCGCCUCGGAAGCCCUCCGGCGGGAGCGGGAAAAGCUGGCCAGGGAGGCGGACGGCGCAGCCAGAAGAGUCAAGGAGCUGGGCAACGUGCAGAACUGGGCCGAGGUCCUGGAGAGGGGCUUCCUGGUGCUCGAGGAGACGGUGCGGCUGGCCAACGCCAACGGCUGCCGCGCCGGCAGUAGCUGCAGCGAGUGCGGUGCGAGCAGUGCGAGCGAGGAUCAAGAGCAAGACUACGGGAAAGGCAUGAUGGACGUGGAUGUCGAUCUGGCCAACAGCCUGCACAGGGAGAAUGGCGUCACGAAUCUCGAGGGGAAGGGUCCCGGUCGGGGGGAAGGCGAACAGGUCUUGGGACCCGGAGUGCGGGCGGAUGCGGGUGCGGAUGCGGACGCGGAUGCGGACGCGGAUGCGGGACCGGGCCUGGACGUGGACUCGGGUGUUGCGACGGGUGACCGCGGGACGAGCGCAUGGUCCGAUGCGAGCAGGAGUUUGAAGGAGGCUGGUUCUGGGAGGGAAAAGGGCUCCGAGACGGCGAGCUUUGUCGACUGA